AAACCGACAUCCUCUUUCCUCGAUCGAUCUGUCCCCAAGUCGACGGAGGCGGUUCGCGAUUAGGAAGUCAACUACAACGAAGCUCAAUUCUAGGUUUCUUCUUGUCCUUCCUCUGUAAUCUGAGAGCUCUCGUUCGAUUCGCAGUUGAAGGAUCCGAAGAUGCAGCUCAGAUCUCAGGAACCCCUCCAAAUCUUCCUUCAAUCGCACGAUCUUCACAUCCCUACUCGAGCCCUAACCCUAACCCCGACGCCCUCCUACACUCUCCGCCACCUGAAGCGCUCCCUCUUCCCCGCCGCCGAUUCGCCUGAUCUCUACUUUACGCUGAACGGGAAGCCUCUCCAGGAUUCGACCCCGAUCGUGGGUUCCGGAGUUUCGCCGCUUUCGACCCUGGUUUUGCGAUGCAGGCUCCGAGGCGGCGGCGGCGAUGGCGGCGCGACGGGGGCGGAGUCGCGCGACUGCUACUUGAACAUGUACGCUGUGAAGAAGCCCGAUAAGGUAGACCCUAACGAGCAGAGGCUCUCGAGAUGGAUGAAUUGCGCCUUGUCCUGCGAGCCCUUGAGGGAGCCCUGCGUUGUGGACAAACUGGGGAAUAUCUUCAAUAAGCAAGCUCUGGUUGAGGCUCUUCUGGGCAAGAAAUUGCCGCGGGAGUUCGGGUACAUAAAGGGUCUCAAGGAUAUGGUCAAGAUUAAGCUUACGGAGAUUCCGGGGCUAGAGGAUGAUGUCAGUGGGGGUGGGGGCGCGCGGUACCAGUGCCCGAUCACCGGUCUUGAGUUCAAUGGGAAGUACAAGUUUUUCACAUUGAGGACUUGCGGCCAUGUGUUGAGCGCCAAGGCGUUGAAGGAGGUGAAGUCGUCUUCUUGUUUGGUGUGUCAUGAGGAGUUCAGUGAAUUGGACAAGAUUGCGAUCAAUGGGAGCGAGGAAGAGGUGGCGGUCCUGAGGGAGAGAUUGGAGGAGGAGAGGGUGAAAUUGAGAGAUAAGAAGGCGAAGAAGGUGAAGAAUGGUGAGGUGGUUGCUUGUGGAGAAGAAACUACUCAGUUAAUUGGUGCUAAACGCGGCAUUGAUGUAAACCAUGUUGAGAAAGCCUCUGUUAAAGUUGAUGAAAAUGGGAAAGUGAAAAAUGGCGGAGUAGGAGUGAAGGGUGCGACUUCUGAUGCAGCGAAGAGGUUUAAGGCGGCAGAUAUGGUCCCCCGUAAUGCUACAAAGGAAGUUUACGCAUCCAUUUUUACGUCUUCCAAGAAAGGUGGCUUCAAAGAGACGUAUUCUUGCAGAUCCCUUCCGCUUGGUAGGAAUUAGUUCUGGAAGGAUCUCAAACUUGAGCACCCUUUUUGAGCUGUGUUUGGCUGUAUUCACAAAUCAUGGUUUGCCAUGGAUGAUUUAGUUGGUUAUUGAUGUUGGGAUUCUCUUAAUGUGGAGAUCUUUGAUGUUUCCAAUCAGAGAAUAUCUCUUUGAUGUACAUUUUAUUUAACCAUGAAAUGCAAGUAGUUUAUUUGUACUGA